AUGACUGAUAGUGUGUAGGCAAUUUAAGAAAGUUACACAAGAAUCAAGUUGCUUAAUAAUGACAUUCAAAUAAAGGAUUAGACAAUUAAUUUGUUGCAAGAGAGGUUGGCAGAGAUGGAGGAGCAAAUGAAUUAGGCAAUAAAACAAAAAGAUUAUGUAGAUCGUCAAUUUUCGAUUCUGUAGGAUGAACAUGAUCAGAUGUUUGAGAAUCAAUAAAGGAAAACUAAGUAAUUGUAAUAGUUUAAUCAAUAAUUAUUGGUUGCUUUAAAAGAAGUAUAAGAUAAAAAUUAAGAAUUAUUAGAGUAAGUGCAAUAUUACAGUCAAGAAAUACAAUCUAAAGAAUAGGCAUUAUAGGAAUUGACUGAAUAAAUUGCAUUGAUUAAGGAUGCUGUAAAGGGCUUGGAAGAAGAAUUGUCAUAAUUGACUAAGAAGAAUUAACAAUUAAAGAAGGAGAAAUAGGAUGCAGAACAAUAGAUGAGACAGAUCGUUGCUGAAAAGAAUAAAUUUGAAAACAGUGUUACUAAUAUGUUGAAAUAAUUGGAAACAGAAAAUGAUUUACUAAAACAAGAGUUGGAAGAUUAUAGAACCAGAUUGGAGUAGUAGCAUUAGGAGUUAGUUGAAUUAAAAUAUGUCAAAAUUUAAUUUGAAGAUUUAGAGAAAAAGCAUUCUUAAUUAAAUGAACAAUUCAAUAUUUAAAUUUAAACUGCAAUGGAAUGCGAAAAGAAUUAUGCACUAUAAUUUGAUGAAAUGAAUAAGGCAAAUGAGAAAUUAAGAAAACAAUGUGAAGUUUUUAAUGAACAAUAUGAAUAAUAGAAAGAUUAUAAUUCAACUAUUGAAAAUUAAAACAAAGAAUUUUCAAAAUUAUUUGGCUAUGUGUAGAAUCAAAUCGAUGAAAUUAUGUCAGAAUGUUUAUAGAUAAAUAAAAGUUACAUUCCUUAAGAUCCAAUAUUGGAAGGCAAAAAAUCUUCAACCUCCAACAAACACUCAAGUUCAAAAAAGAAAAAAAAAAGUAGUUACAACAUUUCACAAAUUGAAGAUUUUUUUGUUGAUAUUAAAGAUAUUUUGAUGGAUCUGAUUGAAUCCAAUGCACAUUUAAAAGAAGAAAAAGAUUCAAUUAGUGAGAAUAUUCUUGAUAUGCAUAAAGUGGGAGAAUAACUUAAACUAAAAUUUGAUUAAUUAAAUUAAGAAUAUACAAAAACAAAAGAAAAGUUAUAAUUAGAACACAAGUCUAUAUAAGAAUAAUAAAAUGAUAAAAUCAAUUAGCUUGAGGAUGCUUUAUAAUAAUAAAAUCUAAAAGCUUAAUAAGAUAACUAAUAUAUAAAUUCAUUAAUCGAUAAAUGCUAUCACUUAGAUCAAUAAUUUCUGGCCUAAGAAUAAUAAAUUUAACAAUCCAAAUGGUAAACUUAAAAUAUUGUUUAAGAAUUUGAAGAACUAAAAAAUGAGCAUAAUCAAUUAAAAUCUGAUUACUCUGAUUUAUAAGUAAGAAAAGCUAUAUCUUAAAAUAAAGUUGCUCUAAGUUACAGCGUGAUAUCUCAUUUAUUAUCAGUUGAAAAAUCCUAAAGAACUUUCUCAUAAUUCAUACAAUAUUCAAACUAUUUGCAUUAUGUUGUUUUAAUGAGAAAUGAGUUUAAAAACAAUAAUAAUCUCAUAUAUAAACGAUUUAGAAGGGCAGUGUACGCUGUAAUCUUUGUUAAGAAAAUUAGGUAGUCGAUACUUCCUUCAAAUGAAAAAAAUUAAUUAAAUUUUGAUAAAAAUGAAGAGUUAGAUAUUGUCUUAGAAAAGUAUAUCCCAAUUUUUCAUAGUUUAGAAGAAGGAUCUGGAGUGGAAUUCAACGCAUUUGACAAAAUGAUAAAGGAUAUGAAAAUCCAAGUUAAUAAGUAUAAUUAUAGAAGUUAGAUCAGAUCUACGAAUUCAUAGCAAUACUAUCAAUUGCUCAAUUUAGCCAAAGAAGAUAUAUCAAAGAAAAACUCUGUUAAUUAACAAAUUGACUAUUAUAAAAAAUAAUUAAGCAUAUUCUAAAAUAAGAUCACCUAAUUAGAUUAAUAUGUGCAAUAAUUGGAAUAAGAAUUAUAGGAGAAAUCAAGCUAAAUAAAAAAACAAAGCAGCUUAUAACAAUCUGAAGAGAAGUAGGUUAGUAAGUAUAGAAUUGAACCUUCUUCUCCUAUCACAAAUAAUCUCUCAGCUGUGCUUUAAAAUGAAUUAACAUAAAUUCUAAGUAAAAAAUCAACAAUAACGAAUAAAGCUGGUUAAAUAGUUAAAUAAGGUUUUUGA